AUGUGGAGCCUGAGGAGUGGUGUUGAAAGUGAGACUGGGUCCGUCGGUGAAGUCGAGACGGAAGGCGAGUCGCCGUCUCAUAUCGACCCGAAGGAGUGGGCGAUUUUGACACGCAUCGACCCCCCGAACGGUGUGCACAGACGCCACUCACGAAUGGCCGAGGCUCCGAGAGCCCCUCGGUUGGGCGAGCCAACCAACCUCCUUCCUCUCUCCACACAACCAUGCAUCCAUCCAUCCGUCCAUGCAUCCCCCGUUGGCAGCUCUACCAAAGCGCAAGAGGCCGACAAGACACAAACAGUGCCAACUGAAGGAGGACGAGAUAAAAUAUCGAAGAUGGAGUCACCUUUUCUGCACUGUCCCGCGGCGCAACCCGCUCAAAUUGAUGGCAUCACGACACGUCGAGACAACCAAGACUCGCAACCCUCGCACGACACGCAAGUCGGCCUUCGCGACAGUCGUCAACGUUGGCUGGCCGUCCGUGGAAAGGAGAGGAUGGACAGAGGGGCCGAGCUGGCGCAUAUGGUGACAAGCAACCAGUCCUGCAUAGCUACUCAUUUGAAUGCAAGUAGUGAAGGAAAAAUAAUGAAAUCCGCACGACGUAAAGUGGAAUAA